UUUCGAAUUUUUCACUUGAAAACAUAGCGAGCUAAGCAAAUGAAGAUUUUAUAUCUGCUGCUGGUGCUAGGCCUUGGCUACCACGCUAGUGCCAAGGCAUCCAAGACUAUCUGUGCUGCAGCGGAUCGUCUGCGCUUGCCCAUAGCCUGUGGCAAUGGAACGGAUGGCAAUAGCACGACGGAGAGAUGGAUUGGUGUACUUAAUCGCACUGAUGGGAAUUUGAAUUUCUAUCGCGAUUGGCAGGAGUACAAGUUGGGUUUUGGAGAUCUGAGCAAUGAGUUCUUUAUUGGCUUGGAGAGCUUGCAUAAUAUGACGGCUAAUCAGACACACGAGCUUUUAAUAAAUCUGCAGGACUUCAAUGGCAGCAGCAGAUAUGCGCACUACGAUAAUUUCAAAGUUGGCAAUGAAAAUAGCUCGUAUACUUUGGAAUCUUUGGGUAAUUACACUGGCAAUGCUGGUGAUUCGUUGGUCUAUCACUUGGGCAUGAAGUUCACCACUUAUGAUCGGGAUAACGACAGAUCUGAGCAUAAUUGUGCGGUUGAGCGUAUGGGUGCUUGGUGGUACAAUUGGUGCAAUAACAGCAAUCUGUUUGGCAUGUACCUGAAGAGCGACUAUAACGCCACAAUUGGCGUACGUGGCAUCACCUGGUGGGACUGGCGCGGACCGUAUUAUUCCUAUAAGAAGGUGCAAAUGUUGGUGCGUCCCCGACUAACUUGGAACUGACGCUACUCACCGUUAUAAAUCAAUUUGGCAGCUGCAGUUGUCGCUAAAAAUUAUAA